GCGAGUCCCAGAAAAACAGAGCGGGGCCAGCUGCGGCGUGGAUGCGAGCGGGGCUGGACGCGCGCAGAUCGCCCGCCCGGAGACCCGCAAGGAGUGGGCAUUUAUCGGAAAAGCUGGGUAAGCCAGCCCUUUAUCCAGAGCUCCAGGACCAAUGCCGCUUUCCAUUACCUUGAACUACUGAUCUGUGCAGAGCCCCAGUUGCAGAAGACUUUCGUGUCACCAUCAUGAGCUCUGAGUGUGAUGUUGGUGCUUCGAAAGCUGUGGUGAAUGGGCUGCCACCAGGAGGAAAUGAACAGGACAAAGACAUGGAUCCUACAAAAAUCUGCACUGGGAAGGGAGCAGUGACUCUCCGAGCGUCAUCUUCCUACAGGGAAACCCCAAGUAGCAGCCCCGUGAGCCCACAAGACACUCCACAGCUGGAAGGCAAACCAGAUGAGUUGAGGUUUGCUUCCAAUGCCGAUGCCAAUGGAAAUGCCCAGCCAUCUUCACUCGCUGCCAAGGGCUACAGAAGUGUGCAUCCCAACCUGCCUUCGGACAAGUCCCAGGAUUCAAGUCCUCUACUAAAUGAAGUGUCCUCACCCCAUGUUGGAACUGACUCCCAAGCUUUUAUACCAGUUAGCAAGCCAUCAUCUGCCUACCCCUCCACCACAAUCGUCAACCCUACUAUUGUGCUUUUGCAGCACAAUCGAGAACAGCAGAAACGACUCAGUAGCCUUUCAGAUCCUGUUCCAAAAAGAAGAGUGGGAGAUCAGAACUCUUCAGCAGUUCAGGAAAAACCCACCUCUCCAGGCAGUGCUUCUGAGAAGAAAGCCAAGGAUGAUAGUUGGCGAGUGGCCAAGAGUGCUCAGGACUUGAGCAAUGUCUCCAUGGAUGAAGUGGGCAUCCCACUCCGGAACACCGAGAGAUCCAAAGACUGGUACAAGACUAUGUUUAAACAGAUCCACAAACUGAACAGAGAUGAUGAUUCAGACCUGUACUCUCCUCGAUACUCCUUUUCUGAAGACACAAAAGCGCCCCUUUCUGUGCCUCGUUCAAAAAGUGAGAUGAGCUACAUUGAUGGGGAGAAGGUAGUUAAGAGGUCGGCCACACUUCCCCUCCCAGCCCGCUCUUCCUCAUUAAAAUCCAGCCCAGAAAGAAAUGACUGGGAGCCCCCAGAUAAGAAAGUAGAUACAAGAAAAUACCGUGCGGAGCCCAAAAGCAUUUAUGAAUAUCAGCCCGGCAAGUCCUCCGUUCUGACCAACGAAAAGAUGAGUCGGGAUAUAAGCCCAGAAGAGAUAGAUUUAAAGAAUGAACCUUGGUAUAAAUUCUUUUCGGAAUUGGAGUUUGGGAAACCGCCUCCCAAAAAGAUAUGGGAUUAUACUCCUGGAGACUGCUCUAUCCUUCCUAGAGAGGAUAGAAAGACUAAUCUAGAAGGAGAUCUUCAACUCUGCCAAACAGAAUUAGAGGCAGAUUUAGACAAAGUGGAGAUGCUUAAUAAAGCGCCCACUACAGACCUUUUACAGAGCUCAGCAGGCUGCACAUCUCUGGAAGUUUCUUCGGAGCCCCCUGGAUACGUCUAUUCUUCCAACUUCCACGCAGUGAAGAAAGAAUCUGAAGGGGCACCUGUGGAUCUCGCUGGUUUGGAGAACGAGAGGCAGAUUUAUAAAAGUGUCUUAGAAGGUGGCGAUAUUCCUCUCCAGGGCCUGAGUGGGCUCAAGCGGCCUCCCAGCUCGGCCUCCACAAAAGUGGAUCGUAAAGGUGGGAAUGCUCAUAUGAUUUCUUCAUCUUCAGUUCCUAGCCGAACGGUUAGCACUAGCAAUGCGUUAGGCCCUCUGUAUAAGCACAAGAAACCCCUGUCCGCCGCAAAAGCCUGCAUCUCGGAAAUCCUCCCCUCCAAAUUCAAACCCAGGCUCUCUGCUCCUAGCGCUCUUUUGCAGGACCACAAGAGCAUCCUGCUGCCAUCAGAGAAGACUCAGAGCUGUGAGAACCUGAGUACUUCCACUUCGAAUGAUUCCAAAAGAGGUUUCCCCCUCCACAUGGGGGGCAGCAUCGAGAACCUGCUCUUGCGCUCUCGGCGGGAUUAUGACAGCAGGUCGAGCAGUACCAUGAGCCUGCAGGAAUAUAGCACCAGCGCCAGGAGGCCCUGCCCUCUCUCCAGGAAGCCUGGCAUGCAGUUCUCCAUGCUUUACCGGGACAUGCAUCAGAUCAACCGGGCAGGCCUCUUCCCCGGCUCUAUCUCCUCCUCCAGCGUUCGGGAUCUUGCCUCCCACUUUGAAAGGAGCGGCUUGGGAUUGGCCCGGGGUGAACUGGGCACCAGCCAGGAGGGCUCCGAGCAUAUCCCCAAACACACGGUCUCUUCCCGCAUCACGGCCUUUGAGCAGCUCAUUCAGCGCUCCCGUUCCAUGCCUUCCCUGGAUCUGUCCGGCAGGCUGAGCAAGUCCCCCACUCCUGUGCUGUCCCGCCGGGGCCUGACCACAGCCCGCUCAGCCGAGUCCCUCCUGGAGUCCACCAAGCUCCGGCCCAGGGAGAUGGACAGUCUGAGUCCCCAGGGCAGCUACACCUCGCCUGUGUGUACCAGUGUGGUAGAGCCCCUCUUGGGGCCUCGGGGUCCCCUGCCUUCCGAGCCACUCUCCACAUGUUCCGACGACCUGGACCGCUGCUCCAACAUCUCUAGUGACAGCCGAGAGGGCAGCAGUGGCAGCGUUCACGGAGACUUCCCCAAGCACCGUCUCACCAAAUGCAAGGGCACCUGCCCGGCCGCCUACACUCGCUUCACCACCAUCCGCAAGCAUGAGCAGCAGCAGCCAUCCCGGCAGUCAGAUUGGCACCUGGAUUCCAGAGGCGACAAGAGCACCCUCCUCAGGAACAUUUACCUGAUGAGCCCCCUCCCUUUUCGGUUGAAAAAACCCCUCCAGCACACCCCCAGACAGCCUUUCCCCCGGGACUUCUCAGGUCCCCCAGUGGGCCAGAAACCAGACCUCUCCGGUCAGCCCCAUCUGGAUGAACCCCAGUCUGCUGCUGGGGGGAAGCCAUGGGUCCCUAAACGUGUUUCUUCCUGGCAAGCCAUGGCCAGACUAGGCUGGACCACAGAGCCCCCUCAGGAGACACACGAGGCCCCACAGGAUCUUCCCAAGGCCUUUAACAAUGGGAACCCCGGGCUGUGCUCAGAACGUGGCCUGGACAGCAACAACAACCCACAAAGUGAACUGAGAACAUCCCUUGGAGAUUCAGAAUCCCCAAGACAUUUUAUACCCGCUGAUUAUUUGGAAUCUGCAGAAGAAUAUAUUCGAAGGCGGCAUGAUGAUAAAGAGAAACUGUUAGCGGACCAGAGACGACUUAAGCGUGAGCAAGAAGAGGCCGAUAUUGCUGCUCGACGCCACACGGGCGUCAUUCCGACGCACCAUCAGUUUAUCACUAAUGAGCGCUUUGGGGACCUCCUCAAUAUAGACGAUACGGCAAAAAGGAAAUCUGGGUCAGAGAUGAGACCUGCAAGAGCCAAAUUUGACUUUAAAGCUCAAACACUGAAGGAGCUUCCUCUGCAGAAGGGAGAUAUCGUUUACAUUUAUAAACAGAUUGAUCAGAACUGGUAUGAAGGAGAGCACCAUGGUCGUGUGGGCAUCUUUCCCUGCACCUACAUUGAGCUGCUUCCUCCUGCUGAAAAGGCUCAGCCCAAAAAGUUGCCUCCAGUGCAGAUUCUGGAAUAUGGAGAAGCUAUUGCUAAGUUUAACUUUAAUGGUGAUACACAAGUAGAAAUGUCAUUCAGAAAGGGUGAGAGGAUCACGCUGCUUCGACAGGUGGAUGAAAAUUGGUACGAGGGGAGGAUUCCAGGGACAUCCCGUCAAGGGAUCUUCCCCAUCACAUAUGUGGAUGUGCUCAGGCGGCCAUUGGUGAAGAAUUCCACGGAUUAUAUUGACCUGCCCUUCUCCUCCUCCCCAAGUCGGAGCGCUGCUGCAAGUCCCCAGUUUCCGAGUCACAGCAAACAGCUUGUACCAGCACCCCUGACCCUGCCUCCCCCCAGACGAACCCUGUCCCCUGAGCUGCAUGCUGUCACCUCUGAGUGGAUCUCACUGACCGUUGGGGUCCCAGGCCGGCAUUCUCUGGCCCUCACGCCUCCUUUGCCUCCUCUGCCAGAGGCUUCCAUGUAUAACACAGACCCCUUAGCCUUUUUGGCAAAACCCCGUCCCUCCCUGUCCCUCAGUCUUCCCCACUUGAGUUGGUCAUCCCAUCCCACUCCAUACUCUGUCAUUUCCCCACUGGCCCUGCCUCCCCCUGACAGAACCUACUCUCCGGAAUCCAGUGCUCAGACUGCCCCUCAGCUCAAUGGAGACAGUGGUGUCCACGUAUCAUUUUCCGAUGACACCCAGGAUAGCUUCUCCCAGCCACCAGUGCCCCAUAGGAGCUCUGAUAGAGUGAUCUCAGAGCUUAGCAGUGCCUUUAGCAGCCAGGGAAAGCGGCAGCUGCAGCAAGAAAAGAAUGGACAGUCUGAGAGGAAAGCAGAGAGAGAGGCAGGUGAGAGAGGCCUCGGUGGACCCAAGAUCUCUAAGAAGAGUUGCUUGAAACCAUCAGACGUGGUCAGGAGCCUGAGCACUGAACAGAGACUCUCAGAUCUCCACAGCCCCGAGGAGAGCCGGCCCAGCCAGCCCUUGGGUAGCCCAUUUCCGGGAAGGGAGACUGAGCAGACAGACCUGCAUAGAGGUGGUGAGCAGGCUAAGAGGAUGGCUGCUCGGAGUGGUAUGAGCCAGGAAGCAGUAUGCAAUGAGAUCAUAAACAUUGCGGAAAAAUCUGUUCAUUACUGCAGCACUGUUUCUCACCCCCUUGACUUUCAUCACAAGGUAUCCCCUUCUGACAAUAAACCAUCUUUAAUCAUUUCUCAGCAACCUCAAGCCCAGCAGCGAAGAGUCACCCCAGACAGAACUCAAACCUCACAAGAGCUAUUUAGCUACCAAGCAUUAUAUAGCUAUAUACCACAGAAUGAUGAUGAGUUGGAACUCCGAGAUGGAGAUAUUGUUGAUGUCAUGGAAAAAUGUGACGAUGGAUGGUUUGUUGGUACUUCAAGAAGGACAAGGCAGUUUGGUACUUUUCCAGGCAACUAUGUAAAGCCUUUGUAUCUAUAAGAAGAAUGACACACAGAAAUUAUUUCUAUUGGGAGAGGAAACCCAACUCAUGAACUGGUCUCUUAAAUAUCAAGUCAGUAAGAAAGCUAAUGCAGUGGAUAAAGUGAAAAGCAAGAGAGGGACAGAGAAGUGUUGUGCUUGAAACCCAAGCCUGUUUAAGCUUAUGGUCUAUCAGACAGGUUUAAAAUGUGCGUUGAACAAAAUGGAAUGAAGCAAAUCUGUAUUUCCUUAGCUGCUUCUGGAGCCUCUCCAGCUUUCCCCAUUUCAACCCUCCUUGGUUAAUCUGACCUGCCACCCAAUCCAAUCCAGGUAGGUUAGAAAAGUCUCUUGCUGCUCAGCCUUGACCUGCUUAAAUGGAUUUUUUAGCCUGAAGCAGCCUUGCAGUGCCAGGCAGCUCUCAUCCAUUUUUCCAGUGGCUUCAUGCACAGGCUCCUGUAGUUGCUUAGAGGCCACUGAUCCAGCAAUACUGAUGAAGAUCAGCCUGGGUUUCUGAGGCCACUCGACCAACUACUCAAAACCAAGGCACCUAAGAUAAUAGAGGUAAAGUCUCAGAGCCUUGUACACUCAGUCCCAGGGUACAGGCAGAGAAGUUUCCAAGUGAUUAGGUUAAAAAGCACCAUAGUUGUUCAUUUUUUGUUUGAGGUGCAGGACAUAGAAUCCAGGGGCUUGCCAAAGCAAAGCAAGUUCUCUACCACUGAGCUACAUCUACAGCUCAGGAAGCCCUGUAGUUCUGAAGGUCAUUUACACUGUGAAAGUUUCCCAUGCUUUCGUACAUAGUCACCAUUUCAUUUAUCAGGACAUCAUUGUUAACCAUCGUUGGUUUCUGGCCAGGACAGUUUGGUAUUGAUAGACCUUUUCUCAAAGAGAACUGAGGAUGAUGAUAAGUGAUGGAUUUUCCAGACACUGACGUGCACCAGAUUCCUGGAACUUCAAUGAA